UCUUACAUUUUUCGCCGAUUGUCAUUUGUUUUUUUGUCCAGUUGAUUAGUGAAAGGUGCCGGGGUUGAAUGGUCAUUUCAAAAAUUUCUAAUUAGUUUAGAAAGUGAUAAAAAUGAGUGGCCUUUUAAAAAUACAAACGAUUUUCCCAAAACAUGUUUUGACGAGUGUCGCAAAGAAUCAGAAGGUUUUAUCCCAAGGGUUGCAUAUUGGCGUGGACAAGAAAAAUGCCAAGGUUAGUAGUGACGCAGUCUCGAAGGUGUAUCCCAUUGUGGACCACACGUACGACGCCGUGGUCGUGGGGGCCGGGGGCGCCGGUUUGCGGGCCGCUUUCGGGCUCGUCGCCGAGGGUUUCAAGACUGCGGUGGUGACCAAGUUAUUCCCCACGCGGAGUCACACCGUGGCGGCCCAAGGGGGCAUCAAUGCGGCUAUGGGUAACAUGGAGGAGGACAAUUGGCAAUGGCACAUGUAUGACACCGUCAAGGGCUCCGAUUGGUUGGGGGACCAGGACGCCAUCCACUACAUGACCCGGGAAGCCCCAAAAGCGGUCACCGAAUUGGAAAACUACGGAAUGCCCUUCUCGCGCACCUCCGAUGGGAAGAUCUAUCAGAGGGCUUUCGGGGGGCAAAGUCUCAAGUUUGGGAAAGGGGGCCAAGCCCAUCGAUGCUGUUGCGUGGCUGACAGGACCGGGCACAGCCUACUUCACACUCUUUACGGUCAGUCAUUGCGCUACGAUUGCAACUAUUUUAUCGAAUAUUUCGCUCUGGAUUUGAUUAUGGAAGAGGGGGAGUGUCGCGGAGUCAUCGCUUUGUGUCUUGAAGACGGGACAAUUCACCGAAUCCGGGCCAAAAACACCGUUUUGGCUACGGGGGGCUACGGCCGAGCUUUCUUCUCAUGCACUUCGGCACAUACUUGCACCGGUGAUGGGACUGCGAUGGUGGCCCGCGCCGGUUUGCCCGCCCAGGACCUGGAAUUCAUCCAAUUCCACCCAACUGGCAUUUAUGGGGCUGGGUGUCUCAUAACCGAGGGCUGUCGUGGCGAAGGGGGCUAUCUCAUUAACUCGCAAGGGGAACGUUUCAUGGAGCGCUACGCCCCCGUCGCGAAAGACUUAGCAAGUCGUGAUGUGGUCUCUCGGAGUAUGACGAUUGAAAUCAGAGAAGGCCGUGGUUGUGGCCCCGAAAAAGAUCACGUGUUUUUACAGUUGCACCACUUACCGGCCGAGCAGUUACAUACACGGUUGCCAGGCAUUUCUGAAACUGCUAUGAUUUUUGCCGGUGUUGAUGUUACUAGAGAACCAAUCCCAGUGUUGCCAACUGUCCAUUACAACAUGGGUGGAAUCCCUACGAAUUACAAGGGACAAGUUUUAACAAAUGUGAAUAACCAGGAUAAGGUUGUUAAAGGAUUGUAUGCGUGUGGAGAGGCGGCAUCGUCGUCGGUGCAUGGUGCCAACCGUUUAGGUGCAAAUUCCCUACUCGAUUUGGUUGUUUUUGGUCGGGCUUGUGCCAAAACAAUCGCCGAGGAGCACAAACCGGGGGAGAAAAUCGGCGAUAUUAAGGAGAAUGCCGGUGAGGCGUCGGUGGCGAAUUUGGAUUGGUGUCGGUACGCCAAGGGGGCUAUCCCGACGGCCACUUUGCGUCUCCAGAUGCAGAAAACGAUGCAGACGCAUGCGGCCGUUUUCCGCACCGAAGAGACGCUCCAAGAGGGGUGCAAACUAAUGGAGGGGUUGUAUGGGAAACUCAACGAUUUGAAAGUCUCUGAUAAUAGUCUCAUCUGGAAUUCGGAUUUGGUCGAGACGCUCGAAUUGCAGAAUUUGAUGUUGAAUGCGUGUCAGUCGAUUGUGGCGGCCGAAAACAGGAAAGAGUCAAGGGGGGCGCACGCUCGUGAAGACUACAAGUUGAGGAUAGAUGAGUACGAUUAUAGCAAACCACUAGAGGGGCAACAGAAGAAGCCGUUUGAGCAACAUUGGCGUAAACACACUUUAACAACAAUUGAUGAGAAAACAGGGAAAGUUAGUAUUAAAUAUCGGCCGGUAAUUGACGAUACUUUGGACAAAAAUGAGUGCUCGACCGUUCCCCCAGCGAUUCGAUCUUAUUAAGCUUUAAUUUUGAGUAUUUUAACGUUGGUUCUUUUUCCUAAACGAUUUUUGUUUAAGUAUUGUGCAGUAGCCUAGCAUAAUUUAUUCGAUCCAAGUGAUUUUAAGUUAUUUUAAUGUGAAAAAAAAAAAUAUAAAAAAAGCACAAAGAUUUA